AUGCCUGUCGGGCAGCAUUCCGAUCCCGAGGGUCCCCCACAAAUCCCUCCGCAAGCCCAAACAUAUGUGAGGCCAAGUGCGACCGAUAAUUAUGGUUCUCACAAUGAUUCUGGAGACUCAGCUCCCGUAUCGGGUCGCUCAUCAUUUUCCUACACGAGGAACUAUGCGACACCAGCGACUGGUGCCCAAACACCGGACCCUCUAAUGGGAAAUACGAUCGUUGUUGAUAAGCAAUCGUUAAAGAACGUGUCACAAACAAUCACCAGUCUUGAUCCAAGUAACGAAAAUUUACAUGAGCUCGAGACGCUUGGACAUCGGUUAACCAACCGAAGGCCUUCGGUAUCCCGAUGCUCGGAUUUUGCCGACGAAGCGGCUGCGCCGAGCCGAGCGAGGCAAGGCGUGCCCCCAGAGAUCCGAAGUUUCGCAGCCGAGAUAAUUUUGGUAAUGGUCUGUUCGGCCGGUCUCAUGCUGUUCUCUUUCUUCCUUGGUGAUAUGCUCGCCCCGCAGGAGCAGUUGAAGGCUGCGCUCGGUAUUACCAACACGCAGCUCCCGUGGAUUGUCGGUGCUUUCAACACGGCCAAUGGCCUAUCCGUGGUGAUCUCCGGGUCACUAUCAGAUUUAGCACCCCCUAGACGUCUCAUGGUUGGCGCUUUUGCUUGGUUGACUGCUUGGAAUAUUGUCGGGGCUUUCUCCUUGCAACCAUCGCGGAAUAUUCUCUUUUUUAUCGUGCGAGCCAUGCAGGGACUUGCUAUUGGCGUUUUAGUUUCAGGAAGCAUGAGUAUCUUGGGCAGAGUCUAUAAGCCUGGUGUACGCAAGAAUCGAGUGUUUUCUGCCAUGGCUGCCUGUUGCCCCUUCGGUUUCUCGCUUGGAGCACUCCAAGGUGGUGGCCUGUACCAGAAUCUCCCCUGGAUCUUUGGAACCAACGCCAUUAUCUGCGCUAUCUGCGGCGUUGCUGCCUACUUCACCAUUCCGCCUUUGAAACCGGUAGCGGAUGUUGCCGGUACCGAAGCACCGACUUUACGGCAAUUUGACUUCAUCGGAGGUGGCUGUGCCGCUGGAGGCUGCGUGUGUUUACUUUUCGGCCUUACACAGGGACCGGUUGCUUCUUGGUCACCAUAUACAUAUAUUCUAAUCAUCAUCGGCUUGCUGCUACUGUGUGGUCUUUUCUUCGCUGAGCGUGCAGCCGUACGCCCUUUAAUCCCCAAUCGUCUUUGGUCAACACCAGGGUUCACCCCAUUGAUGAUCGCCUACUUCCUUGGAUUUGGAUCGUUCUUCGGCUGCUGGCAAUUUUACGCAAUUCAGUUUUGGUUGCGCAUCCAACACGCAACUCCCAUUGGGGUGGCACUUUAUCAUAUUCCUAACGCCGUGGUUGGAGUCUUCGCUACAUGGAUCGUGAGCCGCACUCUCCACCUUGUUCCAGGUCACUACAUUUAUGCCGUAUCUAUGUUUGCCUUUACUAUGGGACCUGCGUUUUUCAUCCCGCAAACUGCCAACACGACCUACUGGGCUCUUUCAUUCCCCGGUAUGGCGCUUGUGACAUUUGGUCCUGAUCUGGCCUUUGCCGCGGCUUCGAUUUUCAUCACUAGCAAUGUCGCCCGUUCAUACCAAGGAAGCGCGGGUAGUCUGUUGGUGACCAACCAAAAUCUUUCAUCAGCUAUCAUGACUAGUCUUGCUGAUGCAAUCGGUACACGGGUCAGUACUGGUGCUGAUGGAGAGGUCGAUAUAGAAGGAUUGAGGGCCAUUUGGUGGUUUGCAAUGGGAGCACAGUUGCUUGCACUGCUUGUAACUGUUGUUUGGGUGCGUAUCCCAAAGGAAGAGGAGAAGGAGCAUGUUACUUGA